CUUUUAUUUUACGUGCGUCUCUCCGUCACUCUUCCGGUCACUCUUCACUUACGUGGCUGUUACCGCUCUUCUUCCGGUUAGACAGAUUCACUCUCUACCUGUCACACGAUGGAGUUGGAAGCCAUGACGAGGUACACCAGCCCGGUGAAUCCUGCUGUGUUCCCCCACCUGACUGUAGUGCUGCUGGCCAUCGGCAUGUUCUUCACAGCCUGGUUUUUUGUAUAUGAAGUAACGUCCACAAAAUACACACGAGACGUGUACAAAGAGCUGCUUAUUUCACUGGUCGCAUCACUCUUCAUGGGCUUCGGAGUUCUUUUCCUCUUACUGUGGGUUGGCAUUUACAUCUGAUGUUUGGGCAGUGGACCACGACACGUACAACAGAACAUUCCGGGUUGAUCAGAGCAUCCAGGGUCAAGCACCAGAAUCUGGGGUGGAGUUUGAACUGGCAGGAUGAAGGGAUUGUGGGUUAAUCUUUCACAAAUAAAACAGUUUUUGUUAGAAAAUCAAAAUUCUGUAUGUUUGUUUUCUUAAAUGUAUGCAUUUAUAUGAAUGGUUUUGUAUGGUUCUUGGACCAGAUCAGUCAACUGUCAGUUAUGGCCAACAGGGGGCAUUGUUACUGUCCCGUAGAAGAGGCAGGCGAAGAAUAACGAAAAGAAGGCAUGUUUAACUUCAUUUGAAACUGUAAUUUAUAAAGCAGAAACAUUACAGUACGGCCUAUUAUAUCACUUAUUCCUUAUUAUUAAAACAUUAUAAUCCCAAAUAAUCAAACGUCACUCAAUAAAUUAAACGAAACGAAUCAGACGUGGCGAUCUAAUCUACAGAUUAUGAUGUAUAAAUCAAAUUUUACUCACCAAUAGUACCUAGACAGGAUCUCAGUCCAUCGCGGCAAAGAAACGACCGUGUUCAUUCUUCAUUUGCUUUAAAAUGCUUUAAUAAUUACAUAAAUGUGAAUGUGGAGUUUCUUUACCCGCUCCUCUGAACAGGACGCAUGUUAAUGACGCAAUAAAAAUAACACUG